CUGAAGUCAUCACAGAAGGACAAGGUUCGUCAGUUCAUGUCCUUUACCCAGGCUGGGGAGAGGACUGCUGUGUACUGCCUCACACAGAAUGACUGGAAACUAGAAGUGGCCACUGACAACUACUUCCAGAACCCAGAUCUCUACUACAAAGAAUCCAUGAAAACCUCAGUGGACCGCAAGAAGCUGGAACAGCUGUAUAAUCGCUACAAAGAUCCCCAUGAUGAGAAUAAGAUCGGCAUUGACGGGAUCCAACAGUUCUGCGAUGACCUCACCCUAGAUCCGGCCAGCUUAAGUAUUCUGGUGGUGGCCUGGAAAUUCCGGGCUGCCACGCAAUGUGAAUUCAGCCGGAAAGAGUUCUUGGAUGGCAUGUCUGAAUUGGGUUGUGACAGUCCAGAGAAACUGAGGGCUAUUUUGCCCAGAUUAGAACAAGAGCUCAAAGACCCUGCGAAGUUCAAGGACUUCUACCAGUUCACCUUCAACUUUGCCAAGAACCCAGGCCAAAAAGGCUUAGAUUUAGAGAUGGCAGUGGCUUAUUGGAACCUGGUACUGACGGGCCGGUUCAAGUUUCUGGACCUCUGGAACAGGUUUCUAUUGGAACAUCACAAAAGGUCUAUCCCCAAAGAUACGUGGAACUUGCUGCUGGACUUUGGCAACAUGAUCGCAGAUGACAUGUCAAAUUACGAUGAGGAAGGAGCGUGGCCAGUCCUUAUAGACGACUUUGUGGAAUUUGCUCGACCAAUUGUGACAGGGGCCAAGCGCAAGAGCUUAUAA